AACCAUUACAUGUUAUCCACGUAAUUCUUUUUAAACAUAGUUAUUUCAUGUUGUUAUUAUUUAGAUUUAAUCCGAGAGUACGUGAACAAGCGUCUUCAGUAAUGAAUACAAAUUGACAAAAACAUUACAUUAUUAUUAAAAUAAAUGCUUGUUUUUCUCGAACCAUUCUGUUAGGUUAAAUAACUGAACACUAGCUGCAAUGGCAAUUCCUAUGUGCAAGACUGACGAUGUGAAGCAAGUGCUUUCAAUGAUUCACAAGAAUUUACAAUGUCCAAUUUGCUUGGAUUUAAUGAAGGAGCCUGUUUCUACAAAGUGUGAUCAUCAUUUUUGCAGGUUGUGCAUGUUGAAUUUGCUCAGCAGAAAGAAGGGGGGUUUGGCAGAGUGUCCUUUGUGCAAAUCGGAUGUAACCAAAAGGAGUUUGCAGGAUAGCCCUCGCUUCAAAUUGCUUGUUGAGGGUCUGUUGAGAACCAUCCACGGAUUCGAACAGGACACUGGAACUGAAUUUUACACAGGUUCUGUAUUAUCUAAAAAGGCUCCUGAACAAAGUUCCUGUGGGGAGUUAUGGAAGAGUGAUGGGACAAUACAAAGCACAGGCCACAGGAACAGAACCAAGAAAAAAACAGCAAGUAAUGGCAUGAGAGAGAACAAUGUGGAAGGACAGUUAACUAUAGAGGAUUCUGAUGUUGUGGUGAGGAAAGUGUCACAGCGAAAUAAAAGACUGAAACUAGAGUCUGCAGUGCCGUUGUGCAUUGAAAUAAACUCAUCUGAGGAAGAGCUGUUUAAGAAGAAAGACAUUAAUGGAGCCGAAGAGAGUGGAUUUAAUCAAGCACAAGCGAAUGGGAAAAAGACUAAUGUAGAAGCUAAAUCUUGGGAGAGAGGCUGUGAUGGAACAAAUGACAUCCCAUCAAACAGGCAGAUUGAAUUGGAGAUGGUAUCUUCUACUGCUGCUGAAGAUGGGUUUGCAGAAUUGAUGGGUUUAGAGGAAGACUCUUGUUUAACCAAUUCUGGGACUCGUCAGGCCAGCUUAUCAGAGGAGAUGGCCGAAGUAAGAAAAUACAGGAGUGCUGUAGAUGUGAUCCAGCAGCCUACUGCAGCAGAACAAAAGACAGAUUAUGAUCCCAACAUCAGUUCUGCAAAGACAAAUGAUGCAUAUUUUAUUGCAGCAAGCAAAGAAGAAAAUGGUACACUUGGCAAAAGAAAAAAGGCUGAGAGCCAAAAACAUUAUUUAGAUAAAAAUGAAACGGUGACAAAUGGAAAGAGUGCACUCAACCAAACUGAGGAUAAAGAAAUCAGUUUACAAGAUGGAGAAAGUAAACACGAAUUUGAUUUUGCCAUGGUCACAGCUUCUGCAAAACGUUUAAGGAAAAGGAUAAGUAGAAGUAUUGAAAAGGUCACUGAGUGGCUCUCAACAAUUGAUGAGACGGCGUUAGUUUCUGGGAUUCAAGACAAUAAGGAUGAAAAGCCAGUAGAUCUGGAUUGUCACGACAAUGCAGAAAAAUGUCCCUCUGAUGGAGAAUCCAUCUCUGACGAGACUGAAAUAAUAGCGCAACAAGCCUUGGAGAAUCUUGCGAAAAAUGACCGAAGGAGUCAAGUGGAUAAAGUGUUUGGGAGAACUUACAGGAGAGAUAAGAAGCUAAGUGCACAAGUUCGCAAGAGUUUUUCCUCUGACAAUUAUGAUUUUUCUUCAACUUCGCCCAAGGAAAACCAAGGACUCCAGGAGGAUCAGAAAGCCAGUAUGAGAAAAAGGUCCUCUGAAUUGACACUUGUGGAUUUGAUUAAGAAACCAAGAUGUGAAGAUAAAAGUCCAAAUAAAACGCAAGAAAAGGAGUCUUGCUGUGUAAACCAGACUGAAAACCACAACAUAAUUUCAGAUGCUGUAACAGGAGACGAUAGUGGUGGAAGGUCAUCUAAUGACCAGCAGCUUAGGAAAAUAGUAAGGGCUGAAAAAACAGAUAUCGAACACUCUUUAAAUGAUUUAAGAAAUGACAUGCAGCAUAAUUUCCAAGAGAAUGGAGAAAAAUAUGUCAGAAAGUCAAACAAAAGAAAGAGUCAUAAAAGAAGUAGCACCACACGCAAGAAUUCCACCAAAACAGCAAGACCAUUGGCACUGGUUAGCUGCCAACUCAUUCAAAACCUUGAUCAAGGUGUGGAGAAUGGGGGCCCUUCUAACUUGACAGACAUCCAGAUUGAUAGUUAUCCAAGCAGUGAGAAUCAAGCUGUUGCUGGAACCAGGGUGACCAGAAGAAGCCGGAGACUUCAGCUUGCUGUUGAAGUAAUAAGGGACAAAAAAAGAUGUAGAAAACCAAGUGCCAACAAGUCAGAGAAUGAUGUCUGUGUUGAAAAAGUUUCUGAUUCUGUGAAUGUGGAGGAGGAUUGCUUUGAAUCAGAGAAAGAUUUACAGCGGUUAGAAGCUACAAGUCCAAGGCUACAAGACAGUGAGGAUAACCCUGCCCUGGAAGCUGCAGUAAUUGCUUCAAACAAUCAAGACACUGGGGAACCAAACAUGAGUGAAAUUAGACUUGUAAAUGAGAAAUCUGAAGUAUGUAAUGAAAACCAAGUUGUAGAAGAAAGUUCUAUUUUGUCAAUGGUGCCAAACACUGAAUCUGAUCCUUCUUUUCUCCAAAACUCCAAAAAGAAUAAGCCCUUCCUGCAGCCUUCUGCCAUACAAAUGCCACCUGCAUGUGACCAGCCUACAGAAGCUGAAGAGCAUUUUCACAACAAGUUCCUCACGGAAACCGAAGACAGCGAAUUGGACACAGAGUUAUUGAUGAAAACAUUUAAAAACACUAAACGAAAGUCAUUUAAUCUGCUGCCAAGCCCUGUAACAAAAGAAGAUGACAUCAGUUUUCAAAAUGAGGGGUUAGAGAAUAAACUACAUGAUUCAGACAAAUUGAACUUCAUAGCAAACUCAGUUUGCUCAAAAGGGGCUGCGAUAAAGCCGGACACCCCAGGAGAACCUAAACCAUUUAGCUUUGAGGACAGUGGCAUCAUUCCGCCAACAGAUCCAGACUCUGCUGGAAAUGCUGCUCUUCCUCCAUUCCUUAAGUGUAGAGAAACCAGCUCCACAGUUUGUAGCGACGAGGAAAACGUUGAUCAAAAUGCGUGUUAUGACAGCUUGCACAGAGAUCAAAGUAGCAAGGCUUUAAAGGGAAAAGAAACUGCACUUAAUGAAGAAAUUCUCCCAAGGAAAGGUUGUUCAAUGAGAAGAAAAAAAAAAAGUUCUAGGAGUCCUAGUCCCAGGCCUAAUUCAAACUCCCUACCUAUAUCGGCCUUGUUGUUUCCUGCAUUGAGUGAAUCCCAGAACCAUCAAGAAAUCAACUUGCGCAACACCAAUAGAAUUCUUGAAGUAAAUAAUACAAAGAAAACUGCAGAGGUUUGCAGCUCAAAUGAAAAGGCUGAAGAGCAAGUCACAGAACAUACAGUUGUGGAACCCAGUUUGCAAACGCAGAAAAACAUCCCUGCUGCUGUACGAAAAGAAUCUGAGGAAUCAUCUAUGACCCCAGAUGGGCUUUUGUUUCAUUAUAUUGUAGGUGAUGAUGGAAGGGUUGGUGGAGUUGAUCCCAGUUUGAAAGCUGGUAAAAGUCAAGAAUCACUGAAUGAACAUUCCCAAACUUUGUACAAAAAAAGGAGGCGGCUACAGAGAUUGGAAUCUUCUGAAUCGGAAUCCAGUAAUGAGGAAGUACUUCCUUCUUUCAUGGAAUUUCUUUUUGGCAAUAAACCGGAUCCUCAGUCCAACCAUGAAACUUUACCAGUGCUGCCUCCUAAAACUUCCCCGAUGCAGAAUCUCCCGCAGCCUUAUGGAAGCAUGGACAAGCAGGGUGGUGCUGCUGACAGCAAUGCAGAGGAGCGUAUUGUUGCAGAUUUGUCCGGUCAAUUGGCCAGUCCUUCAAGUCAAGAAUCCGUGGACUUGUUUGCAACACAGUCAGAUGUUUCUGAGCAUUCCCUCAAACAGCAGAAGGGAAGAUCUCCCAAGGCUGUUUCGCAAAAUAGCCACAGGUUAUCGGGUGAAAACCUGAGUGGCUGCUCCAAUGAGAAGAGGGAGGAUACAGAGGAACAGCUAGAAGUCGCUCAUGGAUUUGAACAUGAUGCCAGUCACAAUGGUGAAUCACCUGCACUGUCUAGUCAAAGUGAAAUUCUUACCACCCAGCAAAAAGACACAAUGCAGACUAACUUAAAUCACCUUGAACGAGAGAUGGCCGUGUUGCAGGCAGUGCUGGAGCAGCAGGGAACACAGGAAUCUGAAGAGUCCCCCUGCCAGGGGAAGGGGCAAUCUGGAGAAAAAGAUGAUCUGGACUCUCAUCAGACGACUUCCUGCUCACAGGGAGAGGACCAAAACACUGCAUGUGCCAGAUCUCCAACGCCUCCCUCAACCCCUUCAGACUCACAGCUGAGACUUAAGAGAACACCUGUGCAGGUGAAGGCGGCCAUCAAUCUCCUGAGUAAGCUGAACGCAGCAAACCUUUCUCAAGAAGCUAAAGCAGACACUACCGGGGAUGGGAAGCGGAAUUGGGAGGAGAUGGAGAAAAAAACUGGAGAUGACACAUCAGGGCAAUUCAAUCAGAAAGAACUUGAAGACCAACCAAACACUCCACAGAUAAUUGAGAACAAAGUGGAUGGUCUGUCUGGGAGAAAAGGAGCCAUUGAAAAUUCAUCACCCCCUGCAACAUGCAGCACACUGAGUGCCGGUGGAAUGCCUGCCCCUAUCUCUGCAGUGUCACGUAGCAGACUGACUCCUGGAAUAGAGGACCCCAAAGGACCGGUGGAUGGUAAUCGGAAGCAGUCUCCCUUAAAGGUGCCCACCCCACUGGAAAGCACAGCUAACACUGGAGGUGCUAAAAGACCAGUGUUAAGGAGAAAGAUGUCUCUUGUGGCCUCUGGUUUAAACAAAAGUGAACUUAUGCUGGUGCAAGAGUUUGCCAAGAAAAUACAGGUCACACUGUCAAGUCAAGUAACACCUGGAACUACACACAUCAUCAUGAAAACAGAGCAAUACCAUGCACGCACAGCGCUUAACAGCAUCGCCUUGCCCCGCCCACCAUACACUACAAGCAGUUUGAGUGACAAGUUUAGAAAUGAAUGUGUUUGGUGGGAAGAUUCUGAGCUGGUUUGUGAGAGGACGUUGAAGUAUUUCUUGGGAAUUGCGGGAAGGAAGUGGGUUGUCGGUUAUCAAUGGAUUGUGGAAUGCUUUAAACAACGACAAGUACUUGAUGAGGCUGAGUUCGAGGUGAGGGGAGAUAUCAUCAAUGGAAGGAAUCACAAAGGACCCAGGAGAGCUCGCACAACCAUGGAUGGAAAGCUGCUGUUGAAUGACUAUGAGAUUUGCUGCUAUGGCACAUUCACUGAUAUGAGCAAAGGUCAGUUGGAGUGGAUGGUGGAGCUUUGUGGAGCCACAGUCAUUAAAGAGCCUUGCUUAUUCACGUACAGCCCUGACCGUAGUCCAGUGGUCAUUGUACAGCCUGAUUCAGGAGGGAAAGAAAUUGAUUACAAAGCUCUCCAGCGGCAAUACAAUGCAAGUGUGGUGACAAGGGAAUGGAUCCUGGACAGUGUUGCCUGCUACAGCUGCCACAGCUUGGACUCCUAUUUGGCUGAGCCCCUCCACUGAAUUCUGCUAAAAGAGCUGAAGCUAAAAUACUGAAAAUGGAACUGCACUGUUGUAGCCAUACAGAAGAUGUUAAUUUGUAUUGUUUUUUAAAGAAUUAAAUCAUUAUCUACUGUUA